ACAGAAGAAGAAGAAGAAGAAGUGAUUAGUUUGAGCACACUCGCUCAUCAGCAGUGUGUUGUUAAAUGUCCAGGUAAUAGUUGCUGAUCAUGACUCAAACAGACAGAGAUGCGGAGAACGGCAGAGACCGAGAGAAGGAGCAGCGCGGAGUGAAGAGACCGAUCGUUCCCGCCACGGUCCCGGAGCCCGCGCAGGAGCAAAUCCAGGCGAACUUCCUGGUGGUGAUCCACCCCGGCUCGAGGACCCUGCGCAUGGGGCGAGCCACGGACACCCUGCCCGUCAGCGUCCCGCACGUGAUCGCGCGCAGACACAGGCAGCUCGGGCAGCCCCGCCGCGAGGACCCCAGCCUGCUGCGCCCCGGACUCAGCUCUGCAGACAGCAGUGAGCAGAGGCAGAGUGGCCUGAAGAUGAUCGAUCAGGUGAUCUGGUCCAGGAAAAUGUCCAACGGUGUGAGACGAACGCCAGUGUCCGCAGAGCAGGCCAGAUUAUACAACAGACAGAUCCGUCCUGCUGUUCUGGAGCCGAACUGUAAAGUCAGCUGGACGAACACCGCCCAUCAGGCCCAGUAUCUCGUCGGAGAAGAGGCGCUGUAUGUGAACCCCUCGGACUGCUACAGCCUCCACUGGCCCGUCUGCAGGGGUCACCUGAACCUCCACAGUGGCCCGGGCGGCUCGCUCACAUCUGUGCUCAUCGACCUCGAGAACAUCUGGGCUCACACUCUGCAGAAGCUGCUGGAGAUCCCUCUGAAGGACCUGAAGUAUUACAGGUGUAUCCUCCUGAUCCCAGACAUCUAUAACCGGCAGCACGUGAAGGAGCUGGUGAACAUGCUGCUGGUGAAGAUGGGCUUCUCAGCUGUGGUCCUGCACCAGGAGUCGGUGUGUGCCACCUUCGGCAGCGGGCUGAGCAGCGCGUGUGUGGUGGACGUGGGAGACCAGAAGACCAGUGUGUGUUGUGUCGAGGACGGCGUGUCCCACCGCAGCUCCAGGCUGUGUCUAGCGUACGGUGGCUCGGAUGUGACGCGCUGUUUCUUCUGGCUCAUGCAGAGAGCAGGAUUUCCCUACAGAGAGUGUCAACUCAGCAACAAGCUGGACUGUGUGUUACUGCACCAGCUGAAGGAGUCCUUCUGCCAUCUGGACCAGGAUAUUUCUGGGCUGCAGGAUCACGAGUUCCGCACGCGUUUCCCAGACUCCCCAGUGCUGCUGUAUCAGCUCCGGCUGGGGGACGAGAAGCUGCAGGCCCCCAUGGCGCUGUUCUACCCGGCUGCGUUCGGCAUUGUGGGUCAGAAGAUGACAUCACUGCUGCACCGCUCUCAAGGCGACUCGGAGGAUCCGCACGACGAGCACUUUCUGCUGACCACUCAGAGCAAGCAAGACCAGUCUUCCAGAGCGACAGCCGAGCGCAGAUCGUUCCCGAAGCCCGGCGGGUUGGAGGGGGAAUCCAGCAUGAGCGACCCGUUGGAGAAGGGGACUCCGGAUCUGGAGCUCAGCCACGCUCAAGCCGAGGGCCUGGUCCCCGGAGCCGAAGCAGAGGAGGCCUCGGCGCUGCUGUCCAGGAGCACGGCCAUCUCUCAGUUCGAGGGGAAAGCCCUCGGCAUGGAUAAGGCCAUCUUACACAGCAUCGACUCCUGCGGCUCGGACGAGACGAAGCGUAAGAUGUACAGUUGUGUUCUGGUGGUGGGCGGCGGGCUGAUGUUUCCCGGAGCGCAGGAGUUUCUGCAGCAGCGAAUCCUCAACAAGAUGCCGCCAUCCUUCCGCUGUCUGGUGGAGAACGUGGAGGUCAUCACACGGCCCAAGGACACUGAUGCGCGUGUGACGGCGUGGAAGGGUGGGUCGGUUCUGGCGUGUUUGGACACCACACAGGAGCUGUGGAUCCACCAGCGCGAGUGGCAGCGCUUCGGUGUGCGGAUGCUCCGAGAACGAGCCGCCUUCGUCUGGUGAACACAUCGCUCCUGCUGUUUCGUCUGGUGAACACCGCUCCUGCUGAGAACUAUGGGGAAGCAUAUCAGUGCUUAUAAGGGCUAGGACAAAACAGGCCUGUCGAAAAUAAAACAAUAUUUCAUAUUCCAGUGGGAGUUUUUCAUAAAAAGUAAGUAUUGUUUUGUAUUAUUCCUAAUUUCAACGGUCAGAACCGUUACCUGUACCCACUGCUUCUUACAAAAGCCAUGUUUAUUUAAAAGAUACUUAUUAAAAAGUGCUUCUUU